CUUGGCAGUAGUAUAUCAGUGCAUCCUCCAUGUCAGAGCAGAGCGUGUUGCUUGCUAUUGCAGCAGGGUUGCUAUCAUUGGAUGUUCAGCCGAGAAAGGAAAGCCACACGCCCACCUGGCUGUGUUCGGUUACAGCUCCCCUCCUGGCCAGCAUCCUUCCUAUAACACUCCUUCCUAUAAAAACACACACACACACACCUCCACCACCUUCACCUUCACCUUACCUCACGGCCUCAGGGACAUUCAUCGAACACGCUCUCACAAAUUUACCACUCCACCCAAACGCGAACAAUUUUACUCUCCACAAAGGCACACUCUUUCACCUCACUGAUAGCACCAUGCUGAGCCAGGAGUUGUUGCAGAAGCUGGGGUUGCCAGAUCUGAAUGAUGUCAGCCAGUACAUCAGGAGCGUCUCCACCCCCAUGUUAGUCAGCAUGGGGGCAGUGGCUGCUGCGACAACCUACUACCUGGCAACACGACCCAAGGCUCUCCCAUCCGUCUGCGACCUCCACAUGCAGUCAGUUGAGGUUCCGGGCGGAGAGUUUGCGCGCCGCUCAGUACUGCUGGACGGAGACAGUCACUUGACAUAUUUCUACAAUGAUGCCAAAACAAUGUACGAGUUUUUCCUCCGAGGGGCCCGAGUCUCCAAUAAUGGUGCCUGUCUGGGCUCCAGGAAACCAAAACAGCCCUAUGAAUGGAUGUCCUACAGAGAGGUGAUGGAGCGAUCAGAGAAUCUGGGUUCAGCAUUUCUUCACAAAGGACACUCCAAGACAGCCGACAGCCACAUUGGCAUCUUCUCUCAGAACAGACCUGAGUGGACCAUCAGUGAGCUGGCAUGUUACACCUAUUCUCUGGUGUCAGUCCCUCUGUACGACACCCUGGGCACAGAAGCCAUCAGCUACAUCAUAGACAAAGGUAAAUCGCGGCAGCAACCUUCCGUCUCGACAAUAGUGUGUGACGUGGCAGAUAAAGUUGACCUGAUACUCAGCUGUGUUAAUGGCAAGGGGCACUCUGUCAAAACCAUCGUUCUAAUGGAGACCCCCAGUGCUGAGCUGGUCAGCAGGGGCCAACAGGCUGGAAUCCACAUCCUCAGCCUGCAGGAGAUGGAGGCUAUCGGGAAGGCCCAUCAUCACCAACCAGUGCCUCCACGACCUGAGGACAUGGCUGUUGUCUGCUUCACCAGCGGAACAACUGGAAACCCAAAGGGAGCUAUGUUGACCCAUAAGAAUAUUGUGUCCAAUUGCUCAGCCUUCAUCAAAAUGACAGAGGUUUGCUGUCCACUAUAUACCAGCGAUGUCCAUAUUUCCUUCCUGCCCUUGGCUCAUAUGUUUGAGAGAGUAGUACAGGGAGUGAUGUUAGUGCACGGAGCCAGGAUUGGAUAUUUCCAGGGAGAUAUUCGUUUGCUGUCUGAUGACCUGACCACGCUGAAACCGACUGUGUUCCCUGUGGUCCCCCGACUCCUGAACAGAAUGUAUGACAAGAUCUUUGGGCAGGCCAACAGCUCUGUGAAGCGCUGGCUGCUGGGGUUUGCCUACAGGAGGAAAGAGGCUGAGAUGAAGAAAGGCAUCGUGAGGAGAGACAGUAUCUGGGAUCGACUCAUCUUCCGGAAGGUCCAGACCAGCCUAGGAGGUCGUGUGCGUAUUAUGAUAACAGGAGCUGCUCCCAUCUCUCCUCCUGUCCUAACAUUCCUCAGAGCUGCAGUCGGUUGUCAGUUCUACGAAGGCUAUGGACAAACAGAGUGUACUGCUGGAUGUACCUUGACCAUGCCUGGGGACUGGAGUGCAGGUCACGUUGGGGCUCCUCUUCCCUGUAACUCAGUUAAACUGGUGGACGUUCCUGAGAUGAACUACCUGGCUGUAAACGGGGAGGGAGAGGUGUGUGUGAAGGGUCCUAAUGUGUUCAAGGGCUAUCUGAAAGACCCAGAGAAGACUUUGGAGGCUAUAGAUGCAGAUGGAUGGCUUCACACUGGAGAUAUUGGGAAGUGGCUUCCGAAUGGCACGCUGAAGAUCGUGGACAGGAAGAAGCACAUCUUUAAACUUGCUCAAGGGGAGUACAUAGCUCCUGAAAAGAUAGAGAAUAUCUACACGAGGAGCGAUGCAGUGGCACAGGUGUUUGUGCACGGAGACAGUCUGCAGGCAUGUCUGGUAGCAGUGGUGGUUCCUGACCCUGACUUCCUGUCUGGCUGGGCUAAAAGAACCCUGGGACUGGAGGGCAGCUACCAGGAACUAUGUGGCAAAUCGGAAGUCAAGGCAGCCAUCUUGGAGGACAUGGUGCGACUGGGCAAGGAAGGAGGCCUCAAGUCCUUUGAGCAGGUGAAGGCCAUCUACAUCCACACCGAGCUGUUCGCAGUUGAGAAUGGCUUGCUCACUCCAACGCUAAAGGCCAAGAGGAACGAAAUGCGACAGCACUUCAGAUCUCAGAUAGAUGAGCUGUACGCUGGCAUCAAAAUGUAGGACCGCAAAGUGGAAGAACAGACACCUGCUCUACCAAAUAUGUUUUGAGAUGAAUAGGAAAGGGGAGUGCAAGCUGAAGCACAAAUAUUGCAGCAAAUGAAGAGGUCUUCUGAUAGGAUAAUUGUCAUUUUUAGUCCUCGUGGACAGUAACGUCAGAAACAACAGGAACAGGAGGUGAUGCAGCCUUUAAUGGAACUUGAAUCAGUGCAGUUAGAACAAAAUCAGGGAUCUUUGGGAUCUUAUGGCACAGAAUAUAAGAUCUAUUCUGUAAUCUAUAAUUACUAUCUAUUCUAUAAUAAGAUCUCUCAAGGUCCAGAGUAGAUUUUAUGCUUAAAAUAAAUGUUGCUGUUGAAGGAGUUUUUGCCUAAGCUAUGUACAGUACAAACCUUGUAACCAUGUGUUGUUUCUUAUCUACUGUUAUUUGCUGUUAGCUUCAGGAAAAGCAUUUUAAAGGGAAAUAUCAAAGUGCAGCUCUGUAGCACCAGACAUCUCAGGAAUUUCAUUAUCAAACAUCACACACUGUACCUCCAACACAUUCACACGCACCUUUUAGCUUUAAGGAUAAAGAGGGAAGACUCACACUACUGAAAUGGGUUCACUGGUGUUCAAUUUUGGAUCUGAAGCCAUAUUAAUUAGCAAAACAAAUUCACACACCACAAUCUCAACAUUUCAGUGAUUAGAUUUUUUGUCACAUGUCACAGUUUUAUUUUACUAUGUUUCUUGAGUUUGUUUAGUAGAAGUUGAAAUCCAAAGGAUAACAGGAUUGUUUCUGUGUGGUCACUGAAUAAUGCAUAAGCUGGGGUCCAGUUAGGGUCUCGAAAACUAGCAGAAUAAGCCAUAUCAAACAUAGUCUGAACAAAGCUAGAUGCACACAGGGAAAUCAGAAACUAAGGAACAAUCAGGGAAAUAAAUGUUUUAAUCUAUUUAUGAUGGUACCAGAGAGGGAAGAGAUGUGGAGAAAUCUGUUUUCUUAAAUUAUUAUAGCCGGGUGAAACAACAGAACCUCAAUGAAAUCCUCUUGAAUUUUUAUGGGUUUAAUUUCAUGAAAGACCUUUUGACUGUGUUCUUGUUUUUACUGUCAUGUCAGAUUUGUUUUGUAAAAUUUCAAUUAAAAUUCAUCAAAAGAU